AUGCGUAUUGCUGCUGUUCAGUUACAUAUUGAUCAUCAAGAUAAAGAAGUCAACUGGAAAAGAGCAGAAGAGUUUAUGGCUCAAGCUGUUACUCAACAAGUGGAUUUAAUCGUUUUUCCCGAAUAUUUUAUUGGUGGUCCUGGUAAACAUAGAGUAGAAAAGACAGCUCCUGGUGUGGCUGUCCAACGAUUUUGUCAGCUUGCCAAGAAAUACAAGAUGGAUAUUGUGCCUGGUACACUUAUUGAACGUGAUCCUCAAGAUGGUCAUGUCUAUAAUACAGCAUAUUAUAUCGAUCAAUCAGGCCACAUCUUACUUGCUUAUCGUAAAAUGCACUUGUGGCAUCCUGAACGCUCUUACUUGAAAGAAGGCAAAGAAGGUUAUGCUACUGUCACAAACAGAUUUGGGAUUCGUGUUGGACUCUGUAUCUGUUGGGAUAUUGUCUUUCCUGACGUAUUUAAAGAGAUGGCAUUAAAGCAAAAAGCACAGUUGAUUAUUGCACCAGCUUAUUGGAGUCUGGAUGAUGGAGGCGCAUUGGCUAUUGCCCAAGAUCCUUUAUCUGAAGCCAACAUGUUGAAUGCCAUCAGUACUGCUCGAUGCUUUGAGAAUGGCAUUGUGUUUGUCCUCUGUAAUCCUGCUCAUGAAUCCAAUGUCACAAGAGAACAACCCUUUGGUACCAUGGCUGGACGCACUCAAAUUACCGUGCCAUUCAAGGGACCUGUAGCGCAUUGUGAUCAUGAAAAGGAAGCCAUGAUUGUGGCUGAUGUAGACAUUGAUGGGCUGACUAAGGAUGCAGAAGAAGUCUAUAAAGUAAGAAAAGACUGGGAUCAAGGUUAUCUGUUUUAUAGUAAAUUAUAA